AUGGGCACGGCAUUGGAUGCUUUGGCAUCUCAGCCGCUCAACACCCGUCGCCCUGCAGCUCCGACCUUGCCGAGCUUUGAGCUGCCCCCGCCGCCAUUUACCUUGCCCGGCACCGCGCCCAAAUACUCGCCGGCGAACCAUCCCCCAGUGUCGCAUCCCCCGGUCAACGUGAGCGUGGGGAACCUGCUCACGCCACCCGCCACCAACCAGCCCGGGGAGAGCGCCACCGCGUCUACCGGCGUGUCGGCCGAUUUGCCCCCGGCGUAUUGGUCUGGGACCUACGGGGACCUGGGCAUCCGGGGUCCAUCCGGCCUAUCCUGCGCGGAGUUCCUUCUCUCCCUCAUCGGGCCUACCAAGUCGUGCCUCGGUGACGGCGCCGCCUGCGACGGACGGUCUGCCGCAACCCUUUGA